CGUUGCCAAGAGGAAACGGAAAUACAUCUUCUGAAGCCGCAGAUUUCUGCCACUGUCUAAAGAUUUUUUUGUUUACAUUUUUAGAGCUAUAACAAGAAACUAUAAAACAAUUUGCAGGUGUUGCGCGUCUUGACUCGUGCAGGAGUGUGUGCGGUGUACUACGGCUGACCAGCGCUCAUCAUCCCGCUGCACAAGGAAGGGAGUGACACAAACACAAUAGGAGGACAGAAGAAGCACUCAUAACGCCGCUAUACAUCUGUGCCUUUAAACCAGCCUACUACUGAAGCGGCAAUAAUGUGGAACUGGUAUUUUAAGUGCAGGCCGGUGAUGCAGUGAAUCGAUUGGCACUGUGAUAAAUGCAUCUGAAUCUGCAGAAGGGCAUUAGUAGUGCAUUGUCUUAAGAUUUCAGUUCUGUCCUUUACAAUGGAUUUCCCUUUCGACCUGAACGCGCUUUUCCCCGAGAGAAUUACUGUGCUGGAUAACAGCUUGAGUGCAGGUCGGAUAGCGCAUGGGAGACCAGAUCCUCUUCUUCAGAUCAGCACAGUUAUAGAUGAGCUGGGCAAAGCCUCCUCUAAGGCUCAGCAGCUGCCUGCUCCUAUAACCAGUGCUGCAAAGCUCCAGGCCAACAGACACCAUCUCUACCUCCUGAAAGAUGGAGAACAGAACGGCAGGAGGGGUGUUAUCGUUGGAUUUCUGAAGGUUGGCUACAAGAAGCUGUUUUUACUUGACCAACGGGGGGCGCAUUUGGAAACCGAGCCUUUAUGUGUACUGGAUUUCUAUGUGACAGAGACACUGCAGAGACAUGGCUAUGGGCUCGAGCUCUUUGACUUCAUGCUGAAACACAAACGGGUGGAGCCUGAACAGAUGGCGUACGAUAGACCUUCUCCUAAAUUCCUGUCAUUUCUAGAAAAGCACUAUGAUCUCAAGAACAGUGUGCCUCAGGUGAAUAACUUUGUGGUGUUCAGUGGAUUCUUCCAGAGUAGAUCAGCGGUCCAGUUGAGAAAAGUUCCCCCAAAAAAGCCAGAGGGAGAGAUCAAACCGUAUUCACUAAUGGAAAGAGAAGUGGUUCGGGAGGAGCAGAGGGCUCUCCCCUGGCCGUUCGUUCGCCCCGCGGGUCCCCCCCACUCUCCCCCUCUGCUUCCGUCAUCUCCGCAAUCCGGUUCGCUCAGUGUGGGAUCCUCCCCCAGCCGGGCCCCGCUCCGCCCCACCGCGGCCCCCCGGACCCCCUCCUCCCAGCUCAACGACAGCUGCAGGGCAAAACGCACCAGCCAUCAGGGUCUGGUUGCCAGGAGCAACCUCUACAGUCGCCAUAUCAACAGCCGAGACCUCGGGCAAUUAUUGGCAGAACAGCAGAACCCCUUGAAGCUUCCAGCUGUCGUGUGUGCUUCCUCAGGGCUGAAAGCAGAGCUGAGUGAGAGAGUGUGUGACACAGGGGCAAACGCAGAUGCAGUGGAACACAAACACACUUCAGAAAGACCGCAUCUUCAAGGCCAGGUUGUGUCUCUUCCGACAAUUGCCGUCGCCAAGAAAGAUCAUGUUCAGGAGCAGACCUCCAUAACACCCCAGGACCGCAAAGAAGAGCUGCAGACCAAAGUGUCACAGAACAGAGCAGAGGACUGGAGGAAAGGUGGAGCGGCUGAGAUGGAGAGGGACGGAGGGAGAGGCGGAUGGUCCUGGACGGUUGGGGAGAGCCGCUGUACGGCCCAGUGGGUCCGACAGAAACAAGAGUAUCGCAGCACGCGGCCCUGGUGACGGAAGAUGGUAAAGGGAUAGUUCACCCAAAAAUGAAAAUUCUGUUAUUAAUUACUCAUGUCCCUCAUGUCGUUC